CCCCCCCCCUCGGCCUGCACGCGAUUCGUUUUCGGCCCCAAACGCACCCUCGAAAGCCUUCAGGAGCCCUCCUAUCCAUCCAUAUGUGCCUCCAUUCUCUGCCGCACAUUUUUCAUAAUUACAUAUAAUUAUUCUUUUUCCAGCGGGAGACGGAUCUGCCACCAUCUUAUUAUUUCCCAGCACCUCCGACACAAUAACUUUCACACAUUUACAUAUUUCUCCACAAAAGUGAUAUUCUUUGAAAUCCCCCCACCCCCACACUCCCUUUCCCCCAGUGACAAAUCAGGGAUAAUUUUUCUCCCGUUGGAUUUAUUUAUGUUUUUUUUUUUUUUUGAGAGGAGACACCAUUCAUCACACUCUUAAUUAGUCAGCCCAGUUUAAAUGGCACUGGCAAUUUCAGAGGCGAGCGCGGAAGAACGGCAGAAGUCGUCGUUUGCAACGUCUCUUGCAGGCGGGGAGCCAUUUCCGCAGUUUGUGCUUACUCCUAAUUUCCAGCAGUAGCGUCCUCAUCAUCAAACUCAUCCUCCUUCUUCUCGCACUUAAAAGCCUCCCUCAUUAUCACCCACCGGCACCCCAUCACAGUUACAGCCAGUGCCAGGCUGGCGCCGAUACGCGCUAAUCCAAUCCGGGAAUAAAAAAAAAAAGCUGGAGAUAAAAGUACAGUGCGUAUCUAUAGAUAUGCCCGAGGAAGAGUUAGCACGGCGGGGGGGAGUCUCCCGUGGGCUACCCUAAAGUCAGUGAGUGAGUGACAGUCUGUGUUUACAAAGUGCUGAUGAGAUUUCCGACGAGUGCCUACUUUCUGAAUGUGCCACGCCGAACGUAAGGAACAAAGCAGAUAAUUAUGUUUACAUUUGAUUAUACAAGGGGAAAAAAACGUCGCUCAAGUGCCGCGAUCAGCACAGGAAUGUAAACGACUGCCUCGUACCUUAAAGCGAUCUUGGGGUUAGAUUUAUUUAUUUUUUUUUUUACAGGCCGAGCGUCAUCCGGACUAAAAAGCAUUUUUACAAAAAUCCAUGCGCAUUAGACUCUGCCAUUUCAAAGCCAUUAGGAGCAAUCAUUAAAAUCUACCUGUUAAUUGUAUUCACCGGUGACCCCUUUUAUCCUCGGCCAAUUUUCAGCUCACCAGCUUUUCUGAAUGAAGCCUCUGUUACAUUUUGAAUAUUCACGACGCCGUUGGAAUCAAAUGACGACCUAAAUCCUGCGCAAUAAAAGCUCUGUCCCAUAGUCAUGUAAAAAUGACGCCCACUGCCAAACUCCAAAUGCUCGCCCUUCUUUUUUUUCUCACGUCCCCGCACACCACCGGGGAGGACGUCACCCCGUCCUCCACCCGGCCCGGCCCCUCCAUCCCGCAGUUCGACCCGAAGCCGGCUGCCCUUCGGAACAGGCUCAAAGUCCCCAAGAAAGUUCCGGAAAGCUCCUCAGAAGGAGUCCUGGAGGCGCCCCCUAAACCGAUGCCACAAGUGAUGUUCCCCAAGAACGUGACAUCAUCCGAGGCCCUGGCCCCGCCCCUGGGCGCGGCCCAGGUGGCCCCACGCCUCAUCGACGUGUGGAUGGACGUGUGUCAGGGUUACUACGACGUGAUGGGCCACUUCGACAACUCGUUCAACUGCACCAAGGACACGUUCAUCUACUGCUGCGGGACGUGCCACUACCGCUUCUGCUGCCCCGACCGAAACCAGCAGCUGGAGCAGGACAUCUGCAAGAAUUACGACUCGCCCGCCUGGGCCAAGACCGAGUCCAAUGCUUUGGUCACUGAGGAGGAGCAGGUGUCUGAUCCGGACUUUGACCCGCUCAAGCAGCAGAGCCAUAACACGGGCUUCGUGAUCGGCGGCGUGGUGGUGUUCAUGGUGGCCGUGGCCGUGGGCAUCAAGGUGGUCUUCAACAAGGUCCAGCACGAGGCCCACCAGAGGGACCUCAAUAUGCCCAGAGCCCUGGUGGACAUGCUACGACACCAGUCCAGUCCCAGACAGCAGGAUGAGAGAAACAACAGCGUGGCUCUAACAGUGGUGGACAGCCAGGGGACGCUGGGGAGAGCUCCCAAAAACCUCUACGCCCCGGGACUGCCGAGCAAGGACAACAGAUUGGGCAACCUCCAGCACAAUUUUAUCCACACGUCAGGCUCAAGCCCCAAACACACUGCGACUAUCGAACGCACCCCUCGGAUGAACAACACUCAGCUGGCAGCGGGUGGCACCUUGCUCUCCAGUAAACACAACAACACCAAAUCCCAGCCCGCCUUCCAUCACUCCCUGCACAACCUGGCUCAGCUGCCCCCCUCCUACGAGAGUGCUACCAAGCCUGAGCUCAACAGAUACUCCUCGCUCAAACGGCUUGAAAAAGGUCUGGAUGAGUACUCCUCUGGUUACUGCACCACCAAACGACGCCCGCACACCGCCCAGCCGGCCCUUCAGUCCUCCCAGCACCACCUCCACUGGGGUGGGGACUACACCCUCAGCGGGAGAGGAACGCUCCCCAGGCACGCCGCCCGCCCCUGGAUUCCCCCGCCCCCAUCCGGCAUGCCCGCCUCACCCACCCCCAACCCCUACCCACUGGACCCCCCGGAGCCUCAGUACAACCCCAACUACGACACCCUCUCCAAACCCAGGAAGGUAAAAUCCUCCGACCAACUGCUCAACAUGGGCGACGUACCCGGCAAUACUGGCACUCUGUCCCGUCUUUCCAAGAACCAGCAGCACCAGUACUACAAAGCCAUGGCUGCCUCCGGUAAGAACGCCAACACUCAGACACUCACCCGGAAGACCCAGGAUAGGCAGGAAAGGCAGGACAGACAAGAGAGACAUGAAAGACAGGACCGGCUCCUGAUGUCCCCAGACCACUUGGAGGAGAGAAUGGGCGGCAUAGGCGUGAUGGAUCCGUAUGCUCACCCAGGAGGGGGUGUCCCCACCCUGCCUCGCCAGCAGAAGGCCCAGUCCCAACAGAACGUGUGCGCCACCCCCUCCCUUGACCGCCACCACAUGAUCAAGAUGAACUCUCACCCGACAUCCGGAAGAGAGCAGGAAAGGAACCCGGGCGCGACAGGCCACAUCAGCGGGGGGAUGGGCUGGGCGGGGGAGAUGCCUGGGGCGGGUGUCGUCAUGGGAACGGGAACUCUCGGGGGCCACAACGCCCGAAGGAUGGCUUUCGCGACUAAACGGCAGAACACCAUUGAGCAGCUGCAUUUCAUCCCGGGCGGGGGCGGCAGCGGGUCUGCGGGGAGCGGCAGCGGGGGCGGUGGCAGUCAGGGGAUCAGGACAGGGAGCAAAAAUGAGGUAACAGUGUGAGGAGGCGUCGUGGCUAACGUAGAGCUCACACCUCGCCAUGGGACCAGAGCGCCCGUCUGCAUUUAAUCCAUAGAUUCACAGCUGGCAGAAAUAGAAGUAAUAUUGUAAAGGUAUAACAUAGACUUCUCACAAAUUAUUAGGAAUAUUCAGCUUUUGGGUGAAAUGCAUUCUAAGCUUUACCUUUUUUUUUGUCUAACAAGGAGCUGAACACCAACAACGUGACAACGGGUUUAUUUUUCAAAAUAUCUUAUCCACUUCCGGUGACUUUUCCCGUCUCUAUGUAUUGCUGCUGCAAGUUAUUGACGGCACUCUGAAACAUUUUAACUUCGCUCUCUAGCCUAUUAAUCAAUAUAUUAUUAUUUUAUUAUCAAUUGAAGCCACGGGCUACUUUUGUCUGAUUAAAGCUACUCAAGUAAGUUGAAAUUGUUUGCUUGGCACCAAAAUACUAUUAUUGUUCUGUUAUGACAACAAAAACAAAGAGCCUGUGAGUUUUUCAGUAAAUAAUGAAGGACAGGUUCCCCCCCCAAAAAAAUAAAUAGGCGAAUUUGUGAAUGUUGAACCGCAAAUACGUUGGGGUUCACUGUACUGUUGAUAAUCGUAAGCCGUCGUCUUGGUCUCUUCUCGUCAAUGUAAUCGUCAUAAUGAAGAAUAAAUAUCUAAUAUCUAUCGCAAAAUUAUCUAUUUACAUGAUAACAAACAGGGUGGCACGGUGGAGUAGCUGGAAAGCGUUGGCCUCGCAGUUCUGAGGUCCAGGGUUCGAUCACGGGUCCGCCUGUGUGGAGUUUGCAUGUUCUCCCUGUGCCUGCGUGGGUUUUCUCCAGCCACUCUGGUUUCCUCCCACAUCCCAAAAACAUGCAACAUUAAUUGGACACUUUAAUUGACUCUAGGUGUGAUUGUGAGGGCGAGUGUUUGUCUCAAUGUGCCCUGCGAUUGGCUGGCAACCAGUUCAGGGUGUACCCCUGCCUCUUGCCCGUUGACAGCUGGAAUUGGCGCCAGCACUCCCCGCGACCCUCGUAAGGAUAAGGAGCAAACAAAAUGGAUGGAUGGAUCGAUGGAUGAUGACAAACACAUGAUGUGGAUUUUGCCAUUCAGCUCUUUGUUAGAGAACAGCAGGUAAAAACUCGUGAUCAUUAAGCAGCUGGACGUCAUUCAAUCGUUUAAACGGGCUGAAAUUAAGUUGCGCUGGAAAGGUCGUAGUGCGUUCUGGGUUCAUCCUGAAAUUUCACCCAAAAGCCCGAUAUCCCGAUUUUUUUUGGUGAGUAGCAUAUUUAGGCUAUUCUAAUUAGUGUUGUAGUGAAACAGCUUAAAUACGACCACUUCUUUCAAAAAGUUAUGAGCGCUCCAGUUGUGUGACAACAUACAUCAGCCAUAUUUUGUAAGUGAAUUUACCAUCUUUGCCAUAUACACAGCAGUGCCAUUACUUGCACAGAGCGGUAGUUUGGAACAAAGCAGUACAUGUACAGUAGACGGUUUUAAAAAAGCACUCAGGAGCCAUAUUAGAUAAGAUAUAUAGAUUUAUAUAAGAGGACUUCUAAAGAGAAGAGGACCACGUGGGAAUGAGAUUUUAUUAAAGAACGGUCCAGACUACCUGCUUGGCCAGCCCUCGCCUACAAUGAUUUAUUACAGAGACAAUUCUCGUGGGUGAGCAGCAAGACAUUGGUCUGACCUCCCUACAGGGAAUAAAUAACUCGCGUUGCUUCCCGUCAGCAAAGACCUGACUUUUCUCUGACUUUGUGGGAUAACGGAGCAGCCGGAACGCCGCACGCAUUUGAACUGUGGACAGACACCGACCAGUCUGGUGCCCGGGUUGCCUAGUUUGCCGUGCGACUUUAGCUCUGCGGAGGAAGUCUCACCGAUCGUCACUUUUGCACUGCCACAAGAGUCAAGAGGAUAUCCGACGACGACAGCGUCCCGUUGUUUAAAAUCAGGACCUGACUGCAAAAACAAAUGGGCUACGAAAUAACCAAGAGCCAUGAUUAUGGUGGAUAUAAAAAAAAAAAUCUACACACCCCUGUUCAAAUGCUAUGUUUUUUGUGAUAUCAAGAUAACUUAUUUAAAAACUUCUUCCAGUUCUUCCAUCAUUCACGUGGCCCGAAAACCUGUCAACUGAGUUUAACAAAUCUUCGGGGGGGGGAUUAAAAUAAUAUUAAUAAUAAUAAUGUGUUUGCAUAAGUGUGUACACCCUAUUCUAAAUGGGAAUGCGACUGUAUUCAGAAUUACCUUCUUAAAUAGCAGUGAGCACUCACAUGGCAACUUUUCCUCUAAUGAAGUUUAGAUAUUUUAUUAGGCUUUUCUUACUUCUUUCCUUUUCAAACAAUUGUCUUUUUUUUAUGUCACAAAAAUCAGGCAUUUGAUCGGGGGGGUGUAGACUUUUUAUAUCCACUGUACGCAACAAUUGUCAACUCGCUUUAAUGUAACUGAAGAUUCUGUUUUUCCUUUUCAUUUUUUUUGUAUCAAUUUAAACUGAGCACAAACAGACCACUGUCGCAGAGGUUGCACGUACCCAACAUGUCCUUCAAAGCCAUUUUAUGGAGAUACAAAGAAAAAUACCACAGAGGAAGCUGGCCAGACAAUCACCAUUUGAACGGGUUUCACCCAAUUCCAAACAAGCGAGAGAUAACUCUGUACAGGCACAGGCGACUUCGGGACGGCCAGGAAGCCCCUUCCAAACAUCCUCCCACGCAAUGACCCCGCUGUAUCAUAACGCACUGCGGCCAGUCGAGGAUUACGACACACACACUGACGCACACACAAAAUAACCCCAAUAAACAUCAAUAACAACGCUUAUCAGUACCAAGGGCUAUCUUAUCCUUAUAGACUGUAGUAUGUGAUAUCUGUGGUCCAUAUAUGAAGCUAUCUCUUUCUCUUGAUUUUGUGUUAUUGUCAUUGAGUAUUGAGUGUCCAUGUAGAAAAAGAUAGAGCACAGUUCAAAGAAUCACAAAGCGAGAGACUGAAAUUUGCACAAAUAAACUAGCUGGCCCCCUCAUAUUUUGCGGGUCGGAGUUAAUCCCCCCCCCCACCCCCUCCGCUUUUUAAUGACAAAGGGAAUUCGACCGCUUGCUUUUCUCCACGAAAGGACACAGGUUCCAUUCCAACAAUCUUCCUAUACGCAGUGCUAAAUGUAGUUGUUAUGAAUAUGAUGGAGUGUUCUUAUUGAAGAUUAUUAUAAUUGUUAUGGUUAUUAUCAACAUUUAUCUUAUGGUGUGAUGUUCAUUUACUUGGUGGGGUUUUGGUGUUUAUUGUUUUUGGAUAACUUUUAGCAUCCUCCAUGAGUUUUUUCUACGUUGGAUACAUGUGGUUCCUUGAUGCAUGCCUGGCUCCAAUCCCUCUCAGAAGUAUUUCUAGUACGUCCGGACUCUACGGUCUUUUUCUCGUUUCUAACUGUAUGUACUGUGCCUAGACACCGGCCUUACGGCUCCUUGAUCUCAUUUGAUUUCCCCGGGCUGACACAGAAGUUUCCCAAAAGAAUCUGCCGGAGUAGUUCGGGAUGGGGUUUCGAACGCCACCAGAAGAGCGGAGGUACCUUUGUUAGAUUCUCACGAGUUAGAACCUGUGAAUCCAUUAUACAUUUGUGAUGGUUAUGAUAAUUUUAUAACAUGAGUCUGAGAAGGUCUGGUGGAAAAACAGUGCGUUUUUUUUUAUUUUUUUAAAUAUUAUUAUCAGGGAAAUAGACCCUUUUCACAGUGAUGUCAUACCACUUCCACUCUAUCUUCGUGUCACUCCUGCACCGUAUUGGAUUAUUUAAUAAGAUGUAAACAAAUUGAUAACCAAAGCAGCGCAGCGGUUUCCCCGCUCCUAUCCAGUUUCUCGACUGCACACGAUUCAAAGUUUUUGUUUUUCAUUUAUUUCACUUAUUACAGUAGAUAAUACAAGCGAUGCCCGUGAAGGUGGGACAAAGCGUAUGUGUUCUGACGUCACAUGUAAAGGGUUUAUUCCGGAGAGAGUGGUUUCAUUUUUGUUUGUUUUUGUUUGUUUGUUUAUAAAUUUGAAUAGAGCCACAAAGGUCUGUAGCAAAGUCUGUAACCUCUCACAAGCCAUAUCCACCCAAGCUCAUCUUCUCACACUUUUCUAAAUGGUUACUCUAAUUUGUGCAAGUAUCGUAUUUUGUAUAGCUAGUACAAUCAGAAAACAAUUUUGAGUGAUAUCUUCAUUAAUUUGGUAAUGAAAAAGCAAAUUCUGUGUUCGUAUUUAAUGAAUUGUACAGUGCCAAACUCAUUACAUUUGCAGUCUUGCUUCUUGUCACGGCCUCCCGUGUGGCUGCUGUGGUACGCUGCUGUACUGUAUUAUCUUUUUCAAUGCUGAGCGCUGACAAACGAUACAGUAACGUUAGGGACUUUAUUUCAGAGAGAAAUGAAUGAACAUGGUGUGCGUUUUGAACCAUUAUGAAUUCGUUUGGAGCGAGGAUGCUUAGCGGCCACUUGAAAUGUCAAACAAAAAGCAUUGCCAAAAGUCAAUGAACAAUUGUAAAAAUGCUGUCCAGUAGACCAAAAAUGAAUUAAUUUUCGUGAUUCUAAUUUUCAAACAAUUUUUUUUUUUUUUUUUUUUUUUUGCUCAAUGCAUCCACCCCCUUGGAUACGACAGCAACUUACAGAGAAUUUGCAUAAUAAAGUUGGUGGGAAAUAUAUUUUUGUCAUUAUUUUUAGUCAGUUUUGCCAUGCUCAACAACAGUUGAGAGAUGUUGGUCUGGGUCUGAGCCCGGGCAUGAUCACACAUCUCACAUUCCUAAGCUCGUGUCAUAUAAAGGCUUCAUCUGUUUCUCUCGCCGGUUAUUAUCCUUCGAUAUCCUUAAUGUCCAACU